GCCAGUGCCCUUCCCCGGCCAUGGCUCCGGGACCUGCAGGGCGUCCGGGCGGGACGAGCGGCAGCUGGAGGUCGGACAUGAAGACGGGGCCCUGGCUGCCCGGUCGCGCCGCCCUCUGGGCCCCCGUGGUCCUGGCCCUUGGCCUGGGCCUGGCCAGCGCCCAGAGGACCCUGGAGGAGGUGCCCGUGCAGCCCGGCUUUGACGUCCAGAAGGUGGCCGGGCGCUGGCUGACCCUCCGGCUGGCCUCCAGCCGGGCACACCUGGUCUCCCCCGACGACCCCCUGAGGCUGGCUCUGCGUUCCAUCAAGAUGCGGGACGGGGACCUGGAGUUCGUCUUGUUCUGGACGGCGGAGACGAUGUGCAGAGGUGUCCACGUCACCAUCCACCCGACUGGGCUCCCGGGCCAGUACCGCGGAUCCUUUGAGGGAGGAGCCCGCAUGCACGUCCGCUUCGUCAGCACCAGCAGCGACUACAGCAGCCUCAUUCUCUACGUCCGCGUUGAGGAGAGCGGGGACGGCGGGGACGGGGGCGAGGUCACCAGCCUGUGGGCGCUGCUGGCCCCUCUGAUCGCAGCCAGACGCUUGCCCGGGGACCCCCAGUGGCUGCGAAGGUACCUGGGGUACGUGAGGGAGUUCCAGCUGCAGGAGGCCCCCGUCUUCAACCUAGAGGCCCAGUGUCCUCCUCCUGAAGCUUACAUCCGCCCCCUCCCCUGAGUUUCCUGCCUCCUUCCCCAGCUGCCAGCUGCCUUUCCACCGUCUGCUGCCUGAAGCCCUUCCAGCCUGUGCCCGCCUCACCCUCUUUGUCCCUUUCCUGGCUUCUCCUUGGCUUUGGGUCACCAGGUCCUCUGAAGCCAUGGCUGAGGGGCCCACAGCCCCUGCCAGCCUGGCCCGGGCUGAGGUCACUGGGUGGUGAGGAGGAGCCGGUGGCCUGGACUCAGCAUUACAGUCCAGCGGACAGAGCCACGGGGGCCUUCGCUGGGAAGGUGGCCCCGUUCAGGGCCUGGCUGGCACCCCUCUGACCUGCCGCCUCCUGGGUCUGCUCUGGGACAGUCCCCGCCCGGUGAGAGGGGCCGUGAGUGACCUGCUGCCCUGAAGAGCCGGGUGAAGAGCCCUGGCACCUGCACGCAGGUGAGCUGAGCCCGGUCACGCCCUCUCUGAGCGCCAGGGGCCCUGUGAGGGCGUGGCCUAGAGGCGGGUGCCCACCUCUGCUUGGACGAGCCAGGGCUCACCCACCGGCCAGGCCGUCUCUUAGGAAACUGGGUCGGGUGAGAGCCUCCAUCCUUACAUCUGGAAAUGCCGGGAGACAGGUCUGACCAGCUCCUGCCCCAGCGACGCCCUCAGUGGGCAGGCCUCCCGCAGGCCAGCAGGGCGGCCACCUGUGCGGGUUCCGCAUGAGGAUCAGCUGUGAGCGGCCCACAGCCUCCUCGGAACCGGAAACGGACGUGGAACAGAAACGGACGCAUUUGGUCACACGGCACAGGCGCACGCGCGGCGGGAACCUCGCACGGAGACAGUGCCCCAGUCCUGACUCUGGGCCCCGGGAAGGCGACUUGAAUACACAGACCCGCGAUCUCCUGCCUCGUCUCCAAGUGGAACGUUAACAGCCCCGGGUUAGCCUGCACCUUUGAAGCCACCCGAUCCGUAUCCCGACCACAAGUUUUCCCCAAACUGCAAACCCGAUCAAAGCGCCGCCCCAGGGAGACAAGGUUUGGACGUGCUUUAGAGAGGAGUCGUGCCAUCUGAUCUUGUGGGCAGUUAGACAGGCGUGUGCAGAGCAGAACCGUGGGCCGGGCAGAACCGCGGGCCGGGCAGAACCGCGGGCUGGCAGAACCCAUGGGCCAGCAGAACCGUGGGCCGGUUCGGGCAUUUUUGAACUUGCUAGAGAAAUGCCAGGAGUCUCCCCGUCCCGCCCUCACCGCCCCCCACCCCGGGGAACCCAGGGCUGCUUGAGAACACAGUUCUGCUCUGAGCGAUUCUCCACCCCCCGUGGCCUCCGCAGCUGCCCCCUCUCCAGAGCUGGGCCCGUCUCUCCUUAACCAUCAACAGCCCGGCCGGCCUCCCUCCCUCCGUUGCUCAGUGGUUAGCGGUCGGCCCUCGGACUGAAGGGUCCCGGGUGCGUUUCUGGUCAAGGGCACAUACCUCCGUCACAGGCUGCAGCCCUGGCCCCUGUUGGGGCGCAUGCAGGAGGCAGCCCAUGGACAUGUCUCUCUCACAUCGAUGUUUCUCCCCCCCCCCCUUCCACUCUCACUAAAACCCAAUGGGAAAAAAAUCCUUGGGUGCGGAUUCACAAUAAAACAGAGAUAAAAUGCCUGCAGCUUUAAAAAACGCACCCGAGAUCAAUAAAGGAAGGAGAUGUUGGCAGAAAGUCCGUCUGUCCGGCCACACGGCAAACGGAGUGACGGAGGGUUAGCGGCAAAUGGCCCCAAACCGCGAACCACGCCGGGGCCCCAGGAGUGGCCUCGCGAGUGUUCACCCCCCUUCACACCUCACCUUUCCCCCUCUGCGUCGACAUAACGGAGUCUUUCUCCAUGAAAAAAUGUUUAUUUUCUGCCUCCGAGAUUAUCUGCCGGCUACCUAGCAUAUACAGAACAUUGCCGUGCAUGAAACACUA